GAAGCAUACUGUGCCCUAACGUUUCUUCUUCCUUUUCUCAAAUAUACUGAGCACUGAGCAGACACUUCAUUACACAAUUUACACUUGGGGUUUUCCUCUCCCAUUCGAGCCGGCUUUGUCCCCUUCCUUUGAGUCGCCAUCUCCGUUUCCGACUUUUUGGCACAGCACAUUCGCUUCGUCGCCAUCUCCGACUUCCUGUGAGUCUCCAUCCACCGCCGAAGACGAGCUCCGUAUUGGGCUUCGUCGCCAUCUCCACAGAAGACGAGCUCUGAUUUCGUUUUCGUCGCCAUCUCCGCAGAAGACCAUCUCCGAUUUCGAGUUUCAGACCACUGGCGCAUCUCCAUCAGCGAGCGAUCUUCGUGUUCGCCAUCUCCGCCGAAAUCGACCUCCGAUUCCGACUUGCAGACCGCCGUUCAUCCUCGUCGCCAUCUUCGUCCACGGGGCCUGUGCUACACUUUCAUUCUGGACUAAGGAUUUCGGUGGCCAGCCUGGGAAAUUGAAGUGUAAAUCUGGGGGAUACCAUGAGAGGAGGAAGGAAAAAUCUGAAGAGGGCAACAGAAGAAGAGACAACAACUCUUGAACAAGGCCAAGUCAUCAUGCAAGUUGUGUCCCUUAGAGGUUCAAACCUCAUUGAGGUCAUGGAUGCAAAGGGCGAGAAAGCACUAGCGUUGUUUCCAGCUAAGUUCCAAAAGAGCAUGUGGAUAAAGCGAGGGAGCUUUGUUGUGGCUGACGUAAGUGGAAGAGAGGAGGCCAUUGAAUCUGGUAGAAAAGUGACAUGUGUUGUUUCUCAAGUUCUCUUUCACGAACAAGUUCGUGUGCUCGAGAAAUCUCCAGAAUGGCCAGAAAUCUUCAAAUCCCCAAUCCUGGACAGUUCUAGAAGUUUCCCUGGACAAGCUUCCACCCAGGAUGAGAGUGAACUUACUUCAAGUGAUGAAGAUGGACUCCCACCACUAGAAGCUAAUAUGAACAGAAGGAUGCCUGUGGAGUUGCAGUCGCAUACGGAUUCGGAUUCGGAUCCAGAUUCAGAUUCAUAAAUCAAAAUUUAGCAAUUUCUGGACCCAAUAUCUUAGCAAAUUUGUCAGAGGAGUGGAUUAGAAUCUGUAUCCAUAUCCAUUAGGGCUUUUUCCUAUUUCUUGUCUUAUUUAUACUGUAAUUUAGAAAAUUGUUUCUCAACUUACAAGGGAUUUUGAAGCUUCAUUUUCCUCGCA